AUGUUUGGCCAAAACCCACCGGUAUACACAAAACCCACUUCUCAACCUUCACCGGCUCAGCAAUUAUUACAUCAACCACCUACCAAUGGAGGUCAGAACACUUUAACGUCACCAGUUCUUCAUGCCUAUCAUCCACAGUCGCCAACACCGCCUCCUUUACCGCCUCCACCGCCUUAUCAUUCUGUUGCAACAAAUAAACCGGCUAGUAGACCGAGAAGUCGUAGUCAAGCUGCACCAGUUCCUCCACCGAAUCCACGGUACAUGAUUCCGUCACAAAAUCAUAUGUAUCAACAACCACCACCGUCACAACAACAUUCUAGCUCAUUGCCAAGGUUUCUAUCUGGAGAAGAUUCUUCACAACUUCAUAUUUCAAGUAUACUUGAUGAUCCAUCACCACCUUUUGUCCCACAGCCUGCACCAUUGCCAACAACACAAAAUCCAGAGUUGGUAAAACUACAGUCUGCGGUUUAUGAUAAAGUAAAAAAGAGUUGCAAUGAAUACUUUGAAAGAUCAACGCCAGAAAUACAUAUGAUAAUGGGUUGUGGUGAACAGCUAAAUAAAAGCAAAGAGCGCAUUAACCAGGAAC